AUGGCAUGCGGAAUGAUGACGAUGACGAUGGUUGCAGCAGCAUCAUCAUCAUCAUCAUCAUCAUCAUCUGAAGAUCAAACAACAUCAUCUCCCUCACCGGUGAAAGGAAAGUUCGUCACCUGCGCUGGUUGCAAGCUCAACAAGCUCCCCAACACAAAGUUGUUCGUGAAGGGAGCUUCGGCUGCCGACGUAGCAGAGAUCAAGUCUUACGAGAACCUGGAAGUUGAGUAUGUACAGGGCCAUGUGCCUGAGCUACACAUCUACAAGGACGAUGGUAGUGCGGAGCCAUCGGAGAGAAUCAGUAUUGGAGAGCUCGGGGACGACGUGGGACGCCUUCGGGACCUCUUGAAGGAGAAGGGGUUCAGGAGGAAAGCAGAACUAUGA